AUGGGUGAGUGGUCCCCGACGUGCCACUGGCAAAAAGCUCACAGACCGCUAGGAUGUCGAUUACCCGGCGAUAUCGCCAGUCCCUCCCAACUCUGGGACUUUCUCGCCCAAGACCGAAGCGCCGCCGGGCCCGUGCCCCCCUCGCGGUUCAAUCCGGACGCCUACACCGGGGCCAAGGACGAGCCUGCCACCGCAGUAGGCACCGGGGGACACUUCCUGAACCAUGACAUCCGGCAAUUCGAUAAUCACUUUUUCGGGAUCAACAAUCGCGAAGCCGCCGACAUGGACCCGGCGCAGCGCGGGCUGCUCGAGGUGGUGUUUGAGUGUCUGGAGAGUGCGGGUUACUCGCUCAGUGCGGUUUCGGGGGCCUCAGUCGGUUGCUACGUGGCGACGUUCCUACAGGACCACGCAGCCCUCAGCAGCAAAGACGUGGAAUGGAUGACCCGAUACUCGGCCACUGGGAUGGGCGCCACCAUCCUCGCCAACCGCGUGAGCCACGCCUUCAACCUCACCGGCCCCAGCUGUGUAAUCAACACGGCGUGCUCGGCCUCCAUCUACGCCUUGCAUCAGGCGGUCUCGGCGCUGCGCAAUCACGAGUGCGAGUCUGCGCUGGUCGCGGGCGUGAACCUCAUUCAGUCGCCGGAUCUUCAUGUCUCGGUCUCGCAGGGAGGGGUGUUGUCGCCCAGUUCGGUGUGUCAUACAUUCGACGAAUCAGCAGAUGGGUACGGUCGCGGAGAAGGCGUAAAUGCCAUCUAUCUCAAGCGACUCGACGACGCUCUCCGCGACGGGGACCCGAUCCGCAGCAUCGUGCGUGGCACGGCGGUCAACAGCAACGGCCGCACGCCGGGGAUCACACAGCCAAGCAUCGAGGGCCAGAUUUCCGUAGCACGAAAGGCCUAUGCGCAGGCUGGCUUGAAUCCGGCCGAUACAGCCUAUGUAGAAAUGCAUGGGACGGGGACGGCGGUGGGGGACGUGAUGGAAGCGCAAUCCAUCGCCGGGGUGUUCGCUGGACAGUCGCGAGCCCACCCAUUACUCGUGGGCGGCCUGAAGCCGAACCUGGGCCACUCCGAAGCCGCCAGUGGGCUAAGCAGCGUGAUCAAAGCCACGCUGGCCCUGGAGAUGAAGCAAUUGCCGCCCACCAUCGGGGUCGUCACCCUCAACCCUAAACUCCAGCUGGAGCGCCACGGCAUCCAACUCGUCACGCAGACCACUCCCUUCCCCGAGCCAGCCCCGGGACUCGGUCGUCGGGUCAGCAUCAAUUCGUUCGGGUUCGGCGGGGCGAAUGCCCACGCUAUCAUCGAAGAAGCCGGUCCCCGGGGGCGAUUCGCCACAAGCUGCUUGCGUGACAGCCUCACAAAUGAUGAUGAUGAUGAUGCUGUUCACCAAGCCGCACUUCCCAGCACCCACACUCUCCCAUUCCUCCUCCCCUUCUCCGCCAGCGACCCCUCCUCCCUCACCCGCCGAGUCGCGCAACUAUCCCACCUCUCCUUGCCCCCAGCCAGAACCUCCGACCUGGCGUACACCCUCUCCCAACGCCGCACCCACCUCAAACACCGGGGCUUCAUCCUCGCCCGCCCCGCAACCCUCCACCAUGACCUCCACCCCACGAACCUCCACCUCCCCAGCCCCUCAGCCCCGACUCUCACCCCCUCCCACCGAUUCAUCCAUGUCUUCACCGGCCAAGGCGCGCAAUGGCAAGGCAUGGCACGGUCUUUGCUCCCAAUCCCCAUCUUCGCCAACGCGAUGCACAGCCUGGACGCCGCCCUCGCGAGUCUACCCCACCCGCCCGACUGGACCAUCGCCGGGGUCUUGCAGGACCAGUCGGACAAGUGUCCGAUCAACGAAGCCGCGUUCGCGCAACCCCUGACGACAGCAGUGCAGAUUGGACUCAUCGAGCUCCUGCGGGCGUUACGGAUCCCAACGCAUGCGGUGGUCGGGCACUCGUCGGGCGAGAUUGCGGCGGCGUAUGCGGCGGGGUGGCUGGAUGCGCGGGAAGCGAUUGCGCUCGCGUAUUAUCGUGGGUCUGCGGUGACGCGAUGUGCACCGGUGGGGGCGAUGGCUGCUCUGGGGGUCGGAGUGGAGAAGGCGGAGGAGUGGAUCCAUCGGACAGUUCCUGCUGCUGCUGCUGGUGCUGGUGGUGAUGGUCAAGCACAAGUGAGGGUGGCGUGCAUCAACUCCCCCGAAAACGUCACGGUGAGCGGCGCGGCGGAGGGGGUGGAGGCCCUCGUCGCAGCCCUAACGGCAGAGGGUACAUUGGCCCGCACGCUCAGGACCGGAGGCAAAGCGUACCAUUCGCAGCAGAUGGAGGUGGUCGGGCCGGUGUAUGAGGCUUUGCUGGAGGAGGCCGGGAUCUUCGCGAGGACUCGACCGUCGGAGCGCAAUGGGGGGGAUUCCCCCUUCAUGGUCUCGACGGUCCUGCGCCAGCAGGUCGGAGAAGCAGACGUGCGGACCACGGCGUACUGGCGCCAGAAUCUCGAGUCGCCGGUGCAUUUCUCCGACGGACUCCGCGGGGUGGUUGCUGGGUUGUUCGGGGCGGAGGUGUGCUUCGUGGAGGUCGGGCCGCAUCCUGCGCUUAAGAUGCCGGUGUUGCAGACCCUGGGCAGCUCGACCGCUUACUUCGGGACUCUCCAGCGCGGACAGGAUGCGCUGAGUGCGGUGCUGGAGCUGGUGGGGGGGUUGUUUGCGAGUGGGUUCCCCGUGAGCUUCGCGCAGAUACAGACUCUCUAUCCGACCCGCACUGGCCCCCCGCCCAAGGUCCUCCACGACCUUCCCCCGUAUCCCUGGCACUACGACAAGAUCCUGUGGAAUGAAUCGCGAGUCAGCCGUGAGGUCCGCGAGAGAAAGUUCCCGCGCCAUGAGUUGUUGGGCACCCCGGUGGCGGGGGGCAAUCGGAUCACCUUCGGCUGGCGGAACCGGCUGGUGCUGGACCAUGUGCCGUGGCUGCGAGACCAUCAACUGGGCGACGCGACGGUCUUUCCGGCCACCGGAUAUCUUGCCAUGGCCAUCGAGGCGCUGCUCCAAGCACGCGACGUGGAGAUGAGCCGGGAUUUGACGGGACUCUCCGUCAGCUUCGAGCGCGUGGACCUGCCGAAUGCCCUGCCCGUCGGGGCCCAGGAGGCGAUUGAGCUCUACACGGAACUCUCCCUCCGGGCGAUUUCCAACCUGACCAGCUCGCGGGAGUGGUUUGACUUCCAGAUCGCCUCGAUCGCGGACCAGGGCCCCAUCAUCCGCGCCCGCGGAACCCUCAAGUUAGAACCGGGGCUCCCAAGCCGGGCCCAACCCUCCCGGUACGCCGACAGUCGGCUGGUUGCAAAGAGCCGGCGGAUGUGGUACGAAAGUAUGCAUAAAUGCGGGUUGCGCUACGGACCCCACUUCCAGCACAUGCAAGACAUCCGGACCCCAGACACCAAGGGGGGUGGUGGCAUGUAUGCGCAGGCCAGAGUGGCGGAUCUCCGGCCCCCGUGUCCAGGGGUGCAGGCAGCACCGCGCUAUCUCAUCCACCCGGCAGUCCUGGAUAACGUCCUGCAGGCCGGUCUGGUGGCCGCCACGGGAGGUCAGCUCGAAGCAAUGGUCGCCAAGGUCCCGAAGAGCUUCAGCCGGAUCGUACUGACGGCGCCGUCGUCGGCGGAACAGGAGGCGACGAUCCGCGCCGCGGCAACGGUGACCGGCUUCGCCAGCAAUGACAUCCGCGCUGUGUUGCUGGGUGCUGACGACAACCCCCUGGUGCAGAUCGAGAAGAUGAGCAUCACGAGAUACUCGGGCAGUGAGGAGUUCCAGGAGGAAGUCCGCUACCCGUUGUACCGGUUCCUCUGGAAGCCAGACAUCGACCACCUCCCAGACGACGCGGCGUUUGCGGCAGCCUUGGAUUAUGUUCGCUGCCAUACCGACCUUGGACUGCUGCCUGAUUCGAGUCGGAACCUCGUGUUGGCCCUGGACCUUGCCGUACAUAAAGAUCCGAACGCGGAGAUUCUGUUUCUCUCCGCCGACCUGUCGUUGGCGGCCCUGGCGCUGGCGGAGGUUCUCAAGGCGCAUACCGUGCACCAACGUUGCAACGGCUUCCAUUUGGGCCGCUUCAGCGCAGACGGUCAGUUAGAAGUGGCUGCGCUGCACCGUUAUGCGGCGCCGUUGGGGAUGGAGUCUUUUUCCUCGUGGGUCGCAGCCGCCCCGGCGCAGAAAUUCAGUCUGGUUGUCGUGGGCGAUCAAACACCCCAUCUCGAUCGGGUGGCGAGCUAUUCCCACGCUUCGACGCGGGUCAUUGAUGCCAGCCAUGAUCACGGCGAGCGUCUUCUGACCGAAAAGUUCGUCCUUGCCCUCACUCUCCCGAGCAGCGCAGGGUCUCCCAUUCGGAUGCUGCGUCCAGCCUCCGCCGAACCAGGCCUCGCUCAUCAAUUCGACAAUGUCCUCCUCAUUCGUCGCACGCCGAUCCAGGAGGACGACGAUCGCCUCAAGGAUUGUCUCCAAACGGAGCUCGCGCUGCCCGUCCGCAGUUGCGAACUGACCCACAUUGGACCCAUCGGCGACAAGACCCUAAUCGUGUCGACCGUGGAGCUCGACCGCGAUGUCAUGGCGCGAGCCACGCCCGAGGAGUACACGGCCAUCCAACAUCUCCUCGCAAAGCCGGUCCAAAUGGUCUGGACCAGUGGAUCCGGAGCCCAUCCGGAUGCCGACCCCACUCGGGCCGUCUUCCACGGGUUGGCCCGCGCCAUCAUGAUCGAGCAGCCCGCCACCCAGAUCUUCUCGUUGGAGCUCGGCCCGCACGCUCGCCCCCGCGACAUCGCCUGCCAUGUGCGGCGGGUCCUCACGCGCCCCGAAGGCUGUCCCCCAGACUACGAAUACCUGCAGAGCGAGUCGGGGCUUCUCCUCGUGAGUCGCGGUGUGCCCGAUGAGCGCAUGAACGACCACUUCCGGACCAAGAACCAAGGCAUCGCCGUCCCAACGCCCCUGGGCAGCGCCGGCCCGAUCUCCCUCUCGCUGGCCAAGCCCGGCCAGCUGCAAUCCGUGCAGUUUGUCCGGACGCCCCCACCGCGGCUUGGACCGGAGGAGGUGCGGGUCCAGACGAGCUGGAUCGGCCUGAAUGCAAAGGACGUCUAUGCGCUGGCGGGGAGAGUGGAAACGCCCGGGGCGACCUGCAGCACCGAGUUCACGGGCACGGUGGUAGCCGUGGGGUCCGCCGUGCGCGACCUCGCCGUGGACGACCGGGUCGCGGUGAUGUACCCGGGGCAGUUCAGCUCCCAGCAGGUCGUGCCCGCGCACGCCUGCGUGAAGCUGCGCCCCCACGAGGAUCUGCGCAGCUUCGCAUCCGUCUUGGUCGUCUUCGCGACCGCGCUCUAUGCCCUGGAAUCGCGCGCGGGUCUGCAGCCCGGCGAGUCGGUGUUGAUCCAUUCCGCCACCGGUGGCGCCGGCCUUGCCGCGAUCCAGGUCGCACGGAUGAUGGGGGCGGAGAUUUUCGUCUCGGUGGGCACGGAGGAGAAGAAGCAGUAUCUGAUUGACCAUCAUGGCAUCGAGCCCGACCACAUCCUCCACUCCCGCCAGGCGGGAUUUGCCGCGCAGAUCCGGGCCCUGACGAAUGGCCGCGGCGUGGACGUCGUCCUCAACUCGCUGGUGGGCGAGCUGCUGCUGGAGAGCUGGGACUGUCUAGCCGAGUUCGGCCGGUUGGUGGAAAUCGGGAAGAAGGAUAUCACGGAGCACAGCCGGCUGCCCAUGGACGGGUUCGCACGAGGCACCACCUUCACGGCCUUUGACUUGAGUGCCCUGGCGACCUCGCGGGCCCCUGCCGUGCAGCGCGUCUUCCACCAGCUCAUCUCCCGGGUGGUCGCACUGGUGCGCAGCGGAGGUCUCCAGCCCGUCCAGCCGCUCCAAACGUUCACAGCGGCCGAGCUGGGGCCGGCCCUCCGCCAUUUCAACCACCCAGCCCGCCUAGGCAAGAUCGCCAUCUCCUUCGAGGACCCGAAUCUCUUGGUGCCGGUGGUCCCGGAGCGCUACGCCACUCAGCUCCGCCCCGAUAAGAGCUACCUCAUGGUCGGAUGCUUGGGAGGGCUGGGCCGCAGUCUGUCGCACUGGAUGGUGCGCCGCGGCGCGAAGCACUUCAUCUUCCUGGGCCGCAGCGGCACGCAGAAGCCCGCCGCGCAGCGCCUCAUCGACGAUCUCGAGCAGCAGGGCGCCCACUGCACGGUGAUCCGCGGCGACGUGACCUGCCCGGCGGACGUCGAGCGCGCCGUCGCCGCCGCGGACCCGGUCCCGCUGGGGGGCGUCAUCCACGCCGCGAUGGGGCUGCACGAGGCGAUCUUCUCCGAGAUGAGCCACGCCUCGUGGCGCGAGGGCACAGCGGCCAAGAUCGAAGGCGCCUGGAACCUGCACCACGCGCUAUCCGCCCACAACCGCGACCACGCGCUGGACUUCUUCAUCAUGACCAGCUCAAUCAACGGCAAGAUCGGCACGGCCACCGAGAGCAACUACUGCGCGGCCAACAACUUCCUGGACGUGUUUGCGCGCUACCGCCGCUGUCUGGGCCGGCCGGCGCUCUCGCUGGGGCUGGGCGCCAUCGCCGAGGUCGGGUAUCUGCACGAACACUCGCACAUCGAGGAGCUGCUGCUGCGCAAGGGCAUCCGCUUCCUGACGGAGGGCGAUGUGCUCCAGAUCUUUGAUCUCGCGCUGGCGGCCCACCAACCGACCGACGCGCAUCCUCGGGACGCCCUCGCGCAGUCGCUGCUGCUGUCCGGCGUGGAGGUGACCACCCUCGAAAGGUAUCACCAGCAGGGGUACAAUACUUUCUGGCAUUCGCUGACGGACGUGCGCUUUGCCGUCCUGAUUAACGCCCUGCGGCGGUCCUUGAACUCUGGGAGUAGUGGUGGUGGUGGUGGGGGAGGGAACGGCGGCGGCGGCGCGACGGCGGAAUCCACGCUGCAGAGUGCCGUCGCGGCCGGAGAUCGAGAGCAGGUCCUUGCGGCCGUCCUGGCAACGGUUACGCAGAAGCUGUCGUACAUGGUCCUCAUCCCCGUGGAGAAGAUCGAUGUGAAGGCCUCGUUGGCCGAGGUCGCCAUGGACAGUAUGCUGGCGUCGGAGCUCAGGCAGCAUAUCUUCAGUGUGGCCCGGGUCGAUGUCUCGUUUCUGACCAUCAUGAAUCCCAGUACGAGUGUAUGGAGUCUGUGUGCAUCGAUUGCGGAUGCUCUGCUGACGCGGGGGAAGUGA